AAACAAAACACUUGACACAUUUCAAAAGAAAUCAAUCAAUCGAGAAAUGGCAAUGUCUGGAACAUACGUGGCGGAGGUACCGCUUAAGGGGUCGGCGGAGAAACACUACAAGAGGUGGAGGAACGAAAACCACCUCUUCCAGGAUGCCAUCGGCCACCACAUCCAAGGUUGCACUAUGCAUGACGGUGACUGGGACUCCCACGGCUCCAUCCGAUCAUGGAACAUCACAUGCGAUGGAAAGCCGGAAGUCUUCAAGGAGAAGAGAGAGAUAGACGACAAAAAUAUGGCGUUGACAUUGAGAGGGCUAGAGGGUCACGCGAUGGAGAAGUACAAGAAGUAUGAGGUUAUCUACCAGUUCAUUCCCAAGUCGAAGGAAGGUUGCGUCUGCAAAAUUACUCUGAUAUGGGAGAAGCGCAACGAAAACUCCCCUGAACCCAUCAACUACAUGAAGUUUGUCAAGAGCUUAGUUGCUGACAUGGACGACCACGUCCUUAAGGGCCAGAACAAAGCUUAAAUACCCUCCAUGGUCAUUGUCGUAUGAUCAUCAUCUUUAUGUAUGUGUAUCUUGUGUUUGCCUCGUACGUGGCUUAUCAUCCGCCUUCCCCUUUGUACAUUCCCUGUUAUGCUAAUAAUAAUGGAGGUCUUGUAUGCUUAUGUAUCAUCUCUGUUUGAUGAUUAUAUGUUGUUAUGAAUUAUGAUGUUGUUAUGGUGUAAGUGUGUUCGUAAUAUAAUAGUAAUUGAAAG